UCUUUUAUAAAUAGCUCUUAGGAGGCCCUGCGUACCACAGUCCGGGUGUCCACGUUUUUAACAGAAGCUGCAACACUACAGAGACAAGCAAGGCUGACCAUUUGGUAUUGGACAAGUCCUUGUUCACCUGAUCAAUGCUGUCUUCCUGCUUGAGAAUGGCCUCAGCUGCUCAUUCACGUGAUCCCAGUUUGGAUGCUGAAUGGGAGGAAUGGAAGAAGAAAUUUGAGAAAACCUACAGCCCGGAUGAAGAAGGACACCGAAGAGCACUGUGGGAAGAAAAUAAGAAAAUUAUCGAGAAACACAAUGCAGAGUAUGAACAGGGCAAGACCAGCUACACUAUGGGCCUGAACCAAUUUAGUGACAUGACGAACGAGGAAUUCAGGACAAGUUGCUGUGGAAGGCCAAAGUUUACACAAGAUUUGUCUAAAUCUGAGACAGUAGAAGAGAACAACUAAGUGACAUCUGUGGCAGAUUAGGAGCCUGCUGCCCAAGAUGAUGCUGAGAAGAACGGACCGUGCAAAGGAGGAGCAGGAGGGGUUCUCUCCAUCACAUUGUCCAGCAUGUGCCCCGCAGAAGAAAAUGCUGACUUCAUUUAAUAGCAACAUUGUGAUAAGAAUGGCCAGGCAUAGUCAUGCUAAUAAAAUGUUUUUUACAACAAUAUCUUAAAAUUAAAGCUUGACUUUA